AAUAUAAAAUGAACCAACCAUUUUCUCCAUCUAGUUUAGAAGGGUGGUGAGCUACCUCCACGCCAAUUCCAACCAACGUAACCCGUUUUCUUUGAAAAACAAUGCAGAAUAAUACCCUUUUAUUCAAUCAACUACUUCCAAUGGCUUAAUUCGUUUUGAAAUCCCUCUUCGGUCUCUGCUGCUAAUUGGUAUAUGCAUGGCAGCUAAAGAAGGAGCUAAGGAGAAAGAUCACAAGGAAGACAAAGCAAAAGAUGAAAAGAAAGCUAAGGAGAAAGAUGGAGUAAUCACUGCUGUUUAUAAGGUUAACCUGCACUGCCCACAGUGUGCACGAGAGAUUAAGAAGCCUCUUAUAUCUAUCCAAGGGGUUCACAACGUGGAGGUUGAAAGGGAGAAAGGUGAAAUCAAAGUGAGAGGCGAUUUCGACCCGACAAAGAUACAGAAACGGCUUGAGAAACUCUGUAAGAAAAAGGUUGAGCUAGUGUCACCCAAGGUCCAGAUCAAGGAAAGCACCACAACUGAGACAAUAGUAGUGAAGGAAUCCAAAACCAAAGAAGUAGUGGCAAUUUCACGGACAACAUUAGUGAAGGUUCACAUGCAUUGCCACAAAUGUGAGCAAGAUCUGAAGAAGAAGUUGUUAACGAACAAAGGUGUUCACAAUGUUAAAACGGACAUGAAAGCACAAACCCUAGCAGUGGAAGGAACAAUUGAUCCUGAAAAACUAGUAUCGUAUUUGCGCAAAAAGGUACACAAGCACGCAGAGAUUAUACCCCCAAAACAAGAGAAGAAGGAUGGGACGAAAGAAAAGGAGAAGAGUUCCUCAAAACCCCCAGAGAAAAAGGACGAAAAGAAAGAGAAAGAGAGUGGUAAAUCUACUGAAAUAGUUACCAAGGUUGUAGAAGCUAAGGAAGAGAUAAAGGUGGUGGAGGUUAAGACAAAAGAGGGGGGUGCUCCUUAUUUCAUUCACUAUGUCUAUGCUCCACAAACAUUUAGUGAUGAAAAUCCAAAUGCUUGCUCUAUAAUGUAA